AUGUGCAAUGCAAAAUUAGAAGAUCCAAACAUUGUAUUUGCUGAUGAUAGUGGCCAAAUUAGUAGUGAUAGGAUUCAAGCGUCAAAGGCUAUAGGUUCGAUUCAACUAGGAAUAGCUUACGCCGUUGCCAGUCUGGCGUCGAAACCGGAGCGCAAUUUAUUGAUCAGGGAUUUCGCUGUGAUAGAAUCAAUCUUUUUGCCUGGGGAAGGAAGCAAUGUGACGCCAGCUCAUCACUACAGCGACUUCAAAUUUAAGGCCUACGCUCCAGUCGCUUUUCGGUACUUCAGGGACCUCUUCAGCAUAAACACCGAAGGUUUUCUGAUGUCUUUAUGUCACGAACCCUUGAGGGAGCUCUCAAAUCCUGGCGCAAGCGGAAGUACGUUUUACCUCACCAGCAACGACGAGUUCAUCAUCAAAACCGUUCAACACAAGGAAGCCGAGUUCCUGCAGAAUCUGCUGGCAGGUUACUACAUGAACCUGAACCAUAAUCCGCGAACCCUUCUGCCCAAGUUCUACGGACUCUACUGCUACCAGUGCGGCGGUAAGAGCGUGCGCGUCGUGGUGAUGAACAACCUGCUGCCCUCGGUGGUGCCCAUGCACCAGAAGUUCGACCUGAAGGGAUCCACCUUCAAGCGCAAAGCGAGCAAGCACGAGCGCAGCAAGCGCUUCCCGACCUUCAAGGACCUCGACUUCCUCGAACAGCAUCCCGACGGCAUCCUGCUGGAGACCGACACGUACAAUGCCCUCAUGAAGACCAUCCAGAGAGACUGCCAGGUAUUGGAGAGCUUCAAAAUAAUGGACUACAGCCUCCUGAUAGGCAUACACAACAUCGACCAGGCGGCGAAGGAACAAGUAGAGCGGCAGUCUCAGGGUGCAAAGGACGAAGUGAAACUCGAUCCUCCAGCAGGCGCGGAAGAAGACUCCAUCUCCAAACCAGCAGGAUCUGUGCUGACACAGAAUAAGGUCACGAACCGGCAACGGCUGGCGAACUUCUCCACUGCCAUGGAGUCAAUCCAGGCUGACGUAGAGCCCAUUGAUCACGACGAGGACGUUCCAACCGGUGGCAUCCCAGCGAAGAACUCCAAAGGAGAGCGACUACUCUUGUUCAUUGGAGUCAUUGACAUUCUUCAGAGCUACCGGCUCUUGAAGAAGUUGGAACACACUUGGAAGUCCAUGUUUCAUGACAAGGACACGAUAUCAGUGCAGAGGCCCAGCUUUUAUGCAGAACGCUUUCAGGAGUUCUUGGCUAAGAAGGUCUUCAAGAAGAUUACCUCUCGAACACCAAAUGCAUUACCUGCUGUUCCUGUGAAGACUUCCGACGUUGGAAAGCCAGCAGCUAAGAAGGGAUGUCAGUGGCACCUCGUCACGCAUGAUCUUCUCACACAAGAUGAACUGGACAAGACAUUGGCAACAGUCAACAAGUCUGCAACUCUCAAGUUUGAACCAUUCAUCCUCCAUGUACGGUGUCACACUCUGGACGCAGCCCAAAAGCUGCUGGCAGUGAGCAUAGGGGCCGGAUGUCGCAAUUCCGGCAUAAUGCUAAGCAAGUCGGGCAAGGUUCACGUGGUAAGCGUUGACAGUGACACUUUCCUACUGAAGAACGCCGAGCCAGGCAUCAUGCAGACGAGGAAAGAAACGUUUGGCGGGUGA